GAGGUCACUGUGUUGCUUUCAACACACUUGAAAGCCGCCAGAUCUGACGAUAAAAUAGCUUAAUUGCCCAAACUGUUCAGUGGUACGUAGGAAUGUCUGAAAGUGAAUAUCUUGUUAAAGUUUUGCAAAGACAAAAGCUUGAGCAGAAGCAAGAAGAUGUCAAGCGCCAUAUAUAUGUGCACUCCAAGUGGCUGGAAGACGCAACCGAAUUGGAAUUUAUGGUGUCUUGUGGAAAUUCUUGCUACAGAGCAGUUUUAAAACAUGAUGAAAUUCGGGUAGCUGCCGACGAACUGGAACAGCCUUACGACGAGUUUUUUAAGGAAUGCAAGCAGGCACUCACCACACAGUUGGGUGUUCCGGGCUUUGACUACGACAUAGAUGAGGAUGAGUGUAUUUUUAAGUUACUGAAAUGCACGGGCUUUGAGACGCUCUACCUGGAUGUGGCACUUCGUCGAGUUACCGACUGCACUCGAAUGUUGGAUGCUGCUAUUGAAUUAUCAAAGAGAGCCCCAGGCGACGAUGUCAACGCUGUUGAGGAGGAGACCAAGGCGAAACAAAUAUUGGCCGAGUACGAAAAGUUCGUAGAGACGAGCAGAUUAACGGAGCAGAAGAUGUUAAAGAAGUUCCUGCUGCUUAUUAAUGCAAAAAAGGAGAGAAUUAAUGAGCUGGAAGGAAAGCUAAGAAUUUCAGAGAAAUCAGAUCAGGAACAGGAGGAGGACGAUGAAAACUAUAUGGACGCCACCCAAGCGUUAACACAACAACUUUAAUAACAGUCUUGCCAAAAUACUUUUUGUGAUAUUCAGUUUAUGCAUAGUCUUCGUUGCUUUUUGGUUAAAUUUUCACUUGUAUUUUGCAUUUCAUCU